GCAGCUACAGCUUGCUAGCAAUGGUGGCGGGGAUCAGCGUCGCCGUCCUCCGCGUGGGCCUCGCCGCCGGCCUCCUCCUGCUCGCCGCCGGCGCGUGCCACGGCGCGAGGGACGCCCCCGGCGAGCCGGGGCCGACGGCGUACCGGCCGCAGAACGUGUUCGGGUUCGGCGGCUUCUACCCGGGCCCGUCCGUCAACUGGGUCUUCCCCGGCCCCAACGGCGUCACGCCGCAGGUCGGCUUCGGCGGGAUGCCGGGCUCCUUCGUCUUCCCCGGCGGCGGCGGGUCGCCGCUCACGCCAGGCGGCGGCGGCGGCGUCAUCGGCAUCCACGGCGCCGCCGCGAAGGCGAAGAAGCCGUGAUCGUAGGGCAGUGGUCAGGCCGGCUAGCCCCCAAAAAGUAUAAUCAAGAAUGGAGGCGUGCUUAGCUAUAUAUAGGUUCGUGUUAUCUACUAUGCGGUAGUGUAGGUCUAGGUGUGUUUAACUUUGCUGCUCUGUAUCCUGUGUUUUGUGGUUAAGUGUGCUGUGUGCCUGUGUCUAUGUAAAGCUAGGCUAGGUAUGAGUCCUGGCUGUUGUUUAUCUCAUCUACUUUUGCAUUUCUUCAAGGGUUAUCUGGUCUUUACAUCAUAUUAUUCUCUUUUUUUCUUGGCUUUUAC